AAAGUGGCCCCUAAGCAAAGCACAUUGAGUAACCCGGCAGUAAAGGAAGCUUUAUAUUAGUAUUGGGACGCGGCCCUGACUGUCAAACGGCCCGACAGCGCCUUUGAACCCGCCCCUCCACAGCGCGCUCUCUGAUUGGCGGAGCUCGCUGUCCGUCACAGCCGUGACUCAGACUCCGGUCAUGUGACGCAUGUUUUUGUUUCCUCCCGUGUUCUCGCCGUGUCAUGUGGACGUCAAAGACCCCCAACUGACAGGCUCCGGAGCCCGAAACCUCCCCACCGACUCCUACAAGAAAUCUCCCCCGGGUAUCGGAGCGUUUCCGCGGCCGCAGCAGAGGCUCUUCUCGAGGCCGGAGGCAGCGAUGGCGGACGGGGAACGGUCGCCGCUGCUGUCCGAGCAGCACGACGGGACCAACGGCUUCUCUCCCGGCGGCAGCCUGCACGGAUAUCCGUCCAAACCGCAGAGUUUGGCGCCGUUCCCCAGCUCGGCGGCACCAGGUGAGCCUCCGCCCCCGUACUCGCCGCAGGGCAGCCCGGACAGCAGCAGCGCGCCGGUCAUCAGCUGCCGCGUCUGUCAGAGCGCCAUAUCAGUGGAGGGCAAGACGCACCAGCACGUGGUGAAGUGCAGCAUCUGCAACGAAGCUACGCCGAUAAAGAACGCUCCUGUUGGAAAGAAGUACGUCCGCUGUCCAUGUAACUGUCUCCUGAUCUGCAAAGUCACGUCUCAGAGGAUCGCCUGUCCACGACCGUACUGUAAACGCAUCAUCAACCUGGGACCAGUUCACAUCGGCAGGGAAAGUCCCGAACCGCAACAUCAGCCCGUCGGCAUCAGGAUCAUCUGUGGACACUGCGCCAACACAUUCCUGUGGACAGAGUUUUCAGACCGGACCUUGGCCCGAUGUCCACACUGCCGAAAAGUCUCUUCUAUUGGCCGACGGUACCCGAGGAGGAGGAGCCUGCUCUGCUUCCUGCUGUUCGUCGUCCUCGUCGCCUCAACUGCAGGACUUAUUGUUGGUACGUGGAAGACGGCCCAGAACUCUAAAGGGAUCUACGUGUCGUGGGUGCUGCUGAUCCUGCUCGCUCUGUUCACCAUGGCAAGAACCAUCUACUGGAGGUGUCUGAAAAUCAGCGACCCCAUUUCCAACAUCACGUAGAGAGAAAGAGAGAGAGAAAGAAAGAAAGGUGAGAGGGAGAGUGUAUGAAGAGAGAGAAAGAGGGAGGUAGAGAGCUGACGUUAUUGAGCCCCGUUUCUAAAUUCACAGAGAAAAAGAAAAUAAAACAAAAGAUAUGUAGAUAUGAAGAAAAGAUGUGUAGACGAAGAGAGAAGAUGUGUUUAAGAUGAUAAAAUUAAAAUCCGACAUAUGAGCUGUUAAGAAAAUCUUUAUAUGAAGGUUAAACACAUCACAAAUUCGGGAUGGUUGUUUGAAAAGCCUUUGGAGACAAAAAAAGUUAAAAACAGACAGAUGGUUGAGCUGAGCUGGGAGAUAACAUGCAUAAUAUAAUGAAAGAAAUGUAAUUAAUAUAGCAAGUACAUGGGGAAAUGUAUGAAUCAAUAAGCAGGCAUUAAUUGAAGGUAAGUGACAUGAGUUUCUUUACGUUGUUUCAGAGUCAGUCUCGUAACACGUCAGCGCUGAGAUCAUCUCACAGGGUUUUUGGGGCAUUUGAUUACUCGUGUUUUUUUUCACGUUUGAAAAUGAUUCAUGUCAAAGAAACUUGCAGUUCUGGGCUGAAAUAACGAUAACUCGUCCUGAGCUAAAC